AUGGCGUCUCCAGGGCUCUCAAAAUCUGGCAUAUUCUGCUUCAGUACAUUCUUGUUCGCAAGCCUUGCCAACGCUGUGACCCUUGACAUUACAAAUGCAGACUCAAUACGAAAUGCAUCAGCGAUAGUUGCCAAUGGAUUGAUGGCGUGGUACAAAGGCAAUGAUACUGGAGGCACGCCUGGUAUAUUGCCUGGUCCAUACUAUUGGUGGGAGGCGGGUGGAAUGUUUGGCCACAUGAUCAACUACUGGUACUAUACUGGCGACGACUAUUACAACUCGAUUGUUUCCCAGGCCAUUCAAUUCCAGGUUGGAACAGGGGACGAUUUCCUCCCAGCGAACCAGACAAAGGACGAAGGCAACGAUGAUCAGGUCUUUUGGGCGUUCACGGCCAUGGAUGCCGCCGAACUCAACUUCCCUGAGCCAACAAGCGCAAACGCACCUUCUUGGCUCUCACUGGCACAAGCAGUCUUCAACGAAAUGGCUGCACGAUGGGACACUAGUACCUGCAACGGCGGUCUUCGAUGGCAAAUCUACACCUUCAACGCAGGUUACGACUACAAAAACUCGAUUUCGAACCUUGGACUAUUCCAACUAGCUGCUCGACUCGCUCGCUACACCAACAAUGCGACAUAUGUUGACUGGGCUGAGAAGACAUGGGACUGGUACACCGGUGUGUCACUCUGGGACGGCCAGACGUACCAGAUCUUCGACGGCACGACAACAAGUAGCAAUUGCAGUUCGGUGGAUCAUUUCCAAUGGACGUACAACUAUGCUGCCGCAAUCGGUGGCGCAGCGUACAUGUAUAAUCACACAUCGGAUCAAAACUGGCUAGAUAUCGUUGAAGGUCUCCUCAACACGACAUGGAGCACGUUCUUCCCAGCUUCGAUGGGCAACAAGAUUAUGGUCGAGGUCACCUGCCAGCCUCUUGGCAACUGUGAUACGGAUCAAUUGUCGUUCAAAUCCUACCUCGCUCGCACGUUGGCAGUCACAACACAACUCAUCCCUUCUCUGCAUGACACGAUAUAUCCCUAUCUACGGGCUUCGGCACAAGGAGCAGCAGGUCAAUGCGACGGAGGAGACACUGGAUCGGUGUGUGGACAGGAGUGGAACACAACAGUAUGGGAUGGCACAUACGGCGUCGGGCAGGAGAUGUCAGCACUUGCAGUGAUCCAGUCACUGAUGCUUGAUGUGCACACUGAGAAUGCGUUUACUCCACCGUUGACAACAUCAACAGGUGGUAACAGCACAAGUAACCCAAGCGCUGGCACAGGAAGUACUGGACCCAAGUUCCAGCCAUCGAUUUUCACGAGGAAAAUCACGACUGGCGACAAGGCAGGAGCAGCGAUAUUGACUAUCGUGGUCGUGUCGACGAUUAUUGGUGGCUCUUUAUGGCUGGUCCUAUUUGAUUGA